AUGAAACAGCCGCUGGUCCCCUCCUCAGAAGCUAGCCCGUCCAAUCCAGCCAGGGUCGGAGAAGCAUCGUCACACACCGACCCGGAAUCGGGAGGCGUCGGAGGAAAAGCGCCAGAGGGCGGCUUCCAGGCCUGGCUCCAGUGCGCAAACACCUUUUGCCUCUGGUUCGCCGCGCGCGGGCUCGUCAACAGCUUCGGCAUCUACCAAGCCUACUACGAAGACCACGCCCUGCGAAACAAGCCCCCCUCCGACAUUUCGUGGAUUGGAUCGCUGCAGGUGUGCAUCUUCAUCGGUGGUACCACAGUCGUAGGUCCCAUCUUCGACAUCGGACACCUCACACCUUUACUAGCCGUCGGCACAAUUUUGACCGUACUCGGUCUCGUCUUUACCAGCCUCUGUUCGACAUUCGGCGAGUUCCUUCUCGCGCAGGGAUUGUGCACAGGUCUGGGAAUGACAUGUCUGUUCGUGCCAUGUGUCGCGGUUCUGCCGUCGUACUUUGCUUCCAAUCGAGCGUUGGCUAUGGGUAUCGCUUCCAGCGGCAGCAGCGUCGGUGCCGUCGUCUUCACACUCAUCUUCGAGCGACUGUGGCCGCGCAUCGGCUUCGGCUGGACGACUCGAGUCAUAGCCUUCAUCAUCCUUGGCUCCCUGCUCCUCCCCCUCCUGACGAUGCGUAAGUGGGUAGCACGGUCGCCGCGUCGCGCACUGAUCAACACCCCAGCUCUUCGCGAACCCGCGUUUGAUCUCAUGCUCUGCACGAUGCUGUUCAUGUUCAUGGGCAUGUACGUGCCGUACUUCUACAUCGAGGUCUUCUCCACCAAAGCGGGAGUCAUCAAUUCGAGCCUGGAGAAGUAUCUGGUCACGUCGAUGAAUGUUGGAUCGUUUGCUGGCAGACUUCUUCCCGGCACCGUAGCCGACCGCGUAGGCGUGCUGAAUACCAUAGGCCCAUGCGCGCUUCUCACCGCCAUCGUCGCAUUCAGCUGGAUCGCAGUCACGACUCGAGCCAGCAUUCUGGCCUUCACGAUCUUCUACGGCUUCUUCUCCGGUUGGUUCCAGGCGCUUGUGCCGGUUCUGUGGGCAGUGUUGUGUCCGGAUCCGGCGCGUCUAGGGACACGAAUCGGCAUGGCCACGGUCCCGUACGCAAUUGGGGAUUUGUUAGGCGGUCCGAUCGGCGGCGCUUUGAUUCACGGGAGCAGCUUCGUGGGGUUGCAGGUGUUUUGUGGUGGGACCUUGCUUACCGCGGCUGGGUUUUUGUUGGCGGCGAGGAUGUGUGUCGCUGGGUUUCGCAUAACGAUCAAAGCUUGA